ACAACCGGAACUCCUUACUGAGAGAAGAAGAAGUUUCCAGAGUGUGAACAUGGCAACAUGCCUACAUAAAUACUAAAACCUACUUUAACUGAGAUGUUUUUAACAACAGUCCCGUGAAGCAGUCGUUAAGUAAAGCGUGAUAGAGAGUAUCUGCGUAGCAAACUCUUACAUAGCACACCUGUGUAAGUUAUUCAGCGGAGGGUAGCCGCCUUGUCAGACGGGCUGAAGCUGCAGCAUGUCGGCGCACUUCGAGGAGAGGAGCGGUGUUGUCCCCUGCAAAACUCCCUGGGGCUCCUGGUACCAGACCAUGGAGGAGGUUUUCAUCGAAGUCAAUGUGCCUCAUGGGACGUCUGGGAAAGAGGUCAAGUGUCAUUUAGGAUCCCGAGACAUCGAGCUGCAUGUCAAAGGGGAGGAAGUUUUCAAGGGAAAGUUGUUUGAUACAACCAUGUCUGACGAGGCUACAUGGACACUUGAGGACAAGUGUCUCAUUCGGAUCAUUCUGAUGAAGACUAACCGAGAGGCCGGGAACUGCUGGGCCUCCCUGCUGGAGGGGGAGUACUGUGCGAACGCCUGGGUCCAGGACCAGAUGCAGAGGAAGCUCACACUGGAGAGGUUCCAGCGGGAGAAUCCUGGAUUUGACUUCAGCGGUGCAGAGAUAUCUGGGAACUUCGCUGGAGGGGGUCCAGACUUUUCCAGUUUACAGAAGUGAUCAUGAAAAAAAACUGACAAGCUGCAGAUGUCACCGCUGCCUAAUGAACACUACCGAGGACAGCCAUGGCAUGCUGAGGAACAUUGGAAGAAUGACAUUCCUGUGAUGGCAAUGAAAAGGAUUUUACAAACAGUGGGUGUGAUAAAAGACUGAAUUGUUGGACAGAGUUUUCACUGCAACUGACUUGUUGAGACCUGAUUUGGCCAGUUCAAGGCUCAUGCAGGCUGAACUAUGGUUAAUGAAAAGUUGUUCUAUUUGGUUGUAUUAAACCUGUGAUAUGUGUUUUAAUAAUGAGACAACAAUGGACAAGCAUUAGCUUUUCAAUAAAAACUUUAUUGAAAGGUACAACUUUAAGGUUAACAAGAUGGUGUAUUCAAUUAGCCAUUUUGAAUUUGAGAACACAUUUUAUUUUUGUCACUAAAAGAAACCUCUACUCGACAGGGAAACAGGCAAAGAAAA